AUGAGGUUCAUAGGUGUUAAAAGACUGGUCCAGACGGCUCUACCGAGUAACAGCGUCCGAACCGCGCAUACCGGCCGACCGAGGAACUAUCGUUCCGCGAUCGACCCACGUCUGGACACUUCAUCCGUCCUGCCUAGUGCAAGGCCGAGCUCGCGUACCGACCCGGGAAGCAACAACCCACGGUCGUCCCGUCCGAGUCUCGCCACCAUAAAGCCGUGCACGACCACACCGCGCGAACCGGGAGGCAUCGCCUCACGAACGUGCAACACAACCCGUGCCACACACACGAGCAUACCGUCCGACCAGAAAGUCAUCGUCCCGCGUCCGGCCGAAACCUUCGACCAAUAUCAUCCGUCUGGCCGAACCCGACGAACGAACGAAGAAUCUCUCGGCCACGAUCGACCCGACCGUGCCGAUAGCUGA